AUGAACGCUAAAUUCCUUCUCUGUGUAUUGGCUUUUGCCAUGUGCUCAAUUGUUCAAGAAACAAGUGCUCAAUACUAUGGUUACUCUUCAUAUUACCCAACAUACUAUGGAGGAUAUGGUCCCGGAGCAUAUAAUGGAUACUAUGGUGGAGCUUAUGGAUACGGGGAAUAUGGAUAUUAUGGAAAGAGAGAAGCUGGAUUUGGCCCAACUCAGCAAACCAAAUAA